AUGCUUUUUGGUACCGACUCUCGCCAAGAGUCGAAGCUCUCUUUCUCCUCUCUUCUCUUCAUCACUCAUCCCAUCUCUCCCUUUUCAGCACCACCCACCAUGAGCAGCGCCCUGGACACUGUUCGCAAUUAUCUCUUAGGAGGCGCCGAGGAGGUCCUCGCCCUCACCAUGCCAGUCUCGCCCCUCGAGAAGCGUGGCCUGAUGCGCAUCGAGAAGCGCCGCGAUCAAUGCUCUUCCAGCACUUAUUGCCCGGACGGCUACCACUGCAUUUCUGCUGUGUACUGCAAGAAGAACACCAACUACGCCUGGACGGCCGUCUUUGGAGUUCUGCUUCUCCUCGCCAUUAUCCUAUGCUGCGUCAGGCGCCGGCGCGCUAGAGCUGCCAUGGCUGCUCCACAGACGGUCGUUACCUCAGACCCACACUACAGCGUUCCGCCGCAGAUCUACGCUCCACCUGCCGGCGACCCCAACCUGGCCUACCAGACACCCGCUCCCUACCCUCCUUCCGCCGGUCCCUAUCCCAGUGGCCCCUAUCCCGGCAGCCCCUAUCCCGCCGGCACUUAUCCUCCUCCUGCCUCGGCUCCCUAUGGCGAGAAGCCUCUGGAGACCCCACCUGCUGCCUACUCUGCUUACCCACCAUCUUCGGGUGCGUACUCUGCGGCUCCUCCUGCUUCCACAAACUACCCCGCACCAGACGUCCCUGCACCCGCAUACUCUGGUUCCCCCUAUCCUCCACCUGUUGGCCAACCACAGGGUUCUCUCUAUCCACCGCCUGCCGGCCUGCCACAGGACCCUAACCAUGCUGGUCCUGUCCCUUACCCGGUUCCCCACGGCGAGGCUUCAUCGUACAAUCCCCCGAAGUAA